GGUUAACCCAUUAUUUCUGGGAUGGUUCACACACCAGCUCAUUUAUUGAAUUUUCUGCAAAGAAUAAAAAAGGUGGAGGAUUCCUACCUAGUUUUAUUUUCUCCUCUAUUUUGCUCGCAUUGGAUAGAAUCAGUCGAUGGAAAGUGAAGUUCCAAUCUAUGGCAAGAACAAUUACUACAAUAGUGCGGAAGAGCGGUUGGCUGAAGAGAGGGCCAUAGAUGAUUGGCUUCCAAUCACUUCUUCAAGAACAGCAAAAUGGUGGUUUUCAGCUUUCCACAACGUCACCGCCAUCGUCGGCGCCGGCGUCCUCAGCCUCCCUUACGCCAUGUCCCAACUCGGAUGGGGGCCAGGUGUGUCGUUCCUGGUCCUCUCUUGGCUCGUGACGCUAUACUCGUUGUGGCAGAUGGUGGAGAUGCACGAGCUCGUGCCCGGGAAGCGAUUCGACCGCUACCACGAGCUCGGACAGCACGCUUUUGGCCACAAGCUCGGUCUCUGGAUCGUCGUCCCCGUGCAGCUCGUCGUUCUCGCAGGAUUGAACAUAGUUUACCUCACCACAGGCGGCAUAUCGCUCCAAAAAUUUCAUAAUCUAGUCUGUGAAAAAUGCAAUAAAAUGAGGCUAACUUAUUUCAUCCUCAUUUUCUCGUCCGUCCACUUCGUCCUCUCCCAGCUCCCCACCUUCAACUCCAUCUCCGGUGUCUCCCUCGCCGCUGCCGUCAUGUCAAUAAGUUAUUCUACGGUGGCUUGGGCGGCUUCGAUUGAGAAAGGUGUUCGAACGGGAGUGGAAUACGGUUAUAAGUCAAGAACGACAGCUGGAACCGUGUUCAACUUCUUCAACGCGCUCGGGAGCAUGGCGUUCGCUUAUGGCGGCCACAACGUGGUGAUGGAGAUUCAAGCGACUAUGCCUUCCACUCCACACAGGCCUUCCAAGAAGCCUAUGUGGAAGGGAGUGAUCGUUGCUUACGUCAUCGUCGCUUUCUGCUACUUUCCGGUUGCUAUAGUUGGAUACUGGGCUUUUGGUAAUGACGUAAACGAAAACAUUCUCAUAACUUUGGACCAACCUAAAUGGCUCAUCGCCAUGGCUAACAUGUUUGUUGUGGUUCAUCUAGUUGGCAGCUAUCAGGGGAGUAUAUAUGUGCAGUUGUAUGCAAUGCCAGUUUUUGACAUGAUAGAAGCUGUGCUCACAAAGAAGCUCAAGUUGAAGCCAACUUGGUAUCUGCGCUUUAUUUCUAGGAAUACUUAUGUUGCUUUCACAACGUUUAUUGCCAUCACAUUCCCUUUCUUCAAUGCACUUCUUGGAUUUUUUGGAGGAUUUGGGUUUGCUCCUACCACAUAUUUUCUUCCUAGUAUUGUAUGGCUUAUGGUUCACAAGCCGAGGGUGUUGAGUUUUUCUUUUUGGGCAUGCUGGUUUUGCAUAAUAUUUGGAGUUCUGUUGAUGAUUGUUGGACCAAUUGGAGGGCUCAGGCAGAUUAUACUUCAAGCUAAACAUUAUAAAUUCUACGGCGAAUCAGAUCCGAUUCUUCCGACUAGAUAGCUAAGCUAUAUAUAUGUAGACAUGUAGUACUCCUACCUACUUUUCUUUAUGGUUAUCUGUAUUUUCCUGUAUAUCUUGAUUACUUCAAUUAAUUUCAGCUACAGAAAUUGUUCAGUUUAAAA